AAGCCUAAGAAGGAAGUGAAUUAGCAACUAAAACUAAUGACGGCUAGGGCUCCAGAAGGCGAUUUUAGGGUUUUGGGUGAGGAGAGAAAAGAUGCUACUAUAAUGGAGAUCGGAGAGAAGGGAAGACCGCCAGGAGAGCCACCAGAUGCUCCUGGUUCUUGGGUGAGGAAAGUCGUGGAGGGGAACGCGGGAGGGAUGCUUGUUCCGGAGGAUGUGGUGGAUGAAAGAUUUGUGGAGUCAAGAUUGAGUUUGGAGUUUCCGAACGGUGAAGAUGGAGAACCGGUGAUAACGAUAGGAGAGGAGGUGUUGACGGCUAUGAAUAGUCUCUGGAAGAGAUGUAUGAUUGUUAGGGUUCUGGGGAGAAACAUCCCGAUUUUGAGUUUGAGUCGAAAACUAAAGGAGUUAUGGAAGCCCAAAGGAUCGAUGUUUGUUAUGGAUCUCCCCAGGAACUUCUUUAUGGUACGAUUUGAGUUGGAAGAGGAGUACAUGGCUGCUUUAUCAGGCGGUCCAUGGAGAGCGUUUGGGAGUUAUCUUAUGGUGCAAGCAUGGUCUCCUGAAUUUGACCCGUUGAAUGAUGAGAUAGUUACGGUGCCGGUUUGGGUUCGUUUAUCACGUAUCCCAGUGAAUUUCUACCACAAGACGAUACUGAUGGGAAUAGCCAAGGGGUUAGGGUGGCCGAUCAACGUGGACUUGACAACCCUGAAGUUCGAAAGAGCUAGAUACGCGAGAAUUUGUGUGGAGGUAAAUCUCAACAGGCCAUUGAAAGGGACUGUGAUGGUGAAUGGUGAGAGGUACUUCGUCUCAUAUGAAGGAAUUUCAGCUAUUUUCUCGACAUGUGGUAUGUAUGGACACCUAGUUCACGCAUGUCCACGAAACGUCAAAGAGCAAACUCUUGUUCAUGUGCCUAAUCCAGUAACUACAACGCGUGAGAGUACUGAAGCUACAGGAAUGGAAACAGAAUUUACUCAAGUGAGGCAGGCGAGGAGGAAGCCUGAGCAACAGAGACAUACGAGAAGAUCUAUUGGCAAAAACGAUGGCAGAGUUAUGGGGGGAGGGAAGACACAAGUGUUACGUAAAGAGGGAGUACUGGAGGAGAUAAGGGUGUCAAAUCGGUUUGGAGGAUUAGAGGAAGAGGAGGAGAUGGAGGAGCGAGUGGAGGAGGUUGUGAGAGAAGCGGCAAAUAAAGAGAACGAGAAUAAUAUGAAUUCAAAUUCUGGAGGUUCUAGAAGAGUGCAUGGGAAGGCUAUGACGUUUGUCUCAGCUGGGAAGAAAGGGGAUCAGUCUAUAAUCCGAUUGGGCCCUAAGGAAAGAAAGGCAACAAACCUGAGAAGCCCAAAUCAAAAAUUGUUGGGCCCACGGGUGGACUUGUGUAUGGCCCAACUAGAGGUGAGAUAGACUUGUCGGUGAGUGGGAAAAGAUUGCGGGUUGAGAAAGAGAGUGUUGGCCGCCCUGGUGGUGCUUUCACUGGAGAUGGGGAACUUGAUGAGAACGAGAAGAGUUCUGAUCACGCCGGUGAACAGCGGAGCAUACAGGCGCAUAUUGAAAUGGCGGAGACUCCUCUCAUGGAUUUGGAACCCAGCGGGGGUCAAGUGGGAGAAAUCUCGACGAGCGUGGAGGCAUAACAAUUUACCCCGGUGAUUCUAGUUAUCGUUUAUAAAGAUUUGAUGAAGUGCAUUCUUUGGAAUUGACGGGGGGGGGGGGCAAAUAAACCUCAGUUUCGCAGAUCAAUCCGCUAUUUGGUGAAAAAGUUCAGUACAUAUAUCCUUGCUGUCUUCGAGACUCAUGCUGGUGGAGCAGCUGCGGACCGAAUUUGUAAGGGAUUGUGUUUUGAAAACUCAUUUAGGGUUGAUGCGUGUGGUCAGAGUGGUGGAUUAUGGCUGUUAUGGAGGUCGGAGAUAGGAUUGCUUUAGGUUGUUAAGUCUUCAGAUCAGUUCAUCUAUGCUAGAGUAGGGAGUGGGAUAGAGGUGAUUAACUUGAUAGUCGUGUAUGCUGCUCCUACACUGUUGGGGUCAAAAACGGUUACUACGAAGUUAACGUCCAAAUCCCCGAAGAAGAAAAACGUAGAAACCUUCUUCGACAAAUACUUUUUCGUAAUAGACUCCUCUUUACGAAAAGCUUUGCGGAAGAAACGCGAGUCAUCGAACAACAGCUCGAAAAGGAUCGCUACGCAGCAACAGAACACACGUUUUGCUCGGUCGCUACGUAGCAGCCGAGUUCGAGCCAAAGCUCGGUUGCUACAUAGCGAACGAGCCCGAGCCAAGGCUCGGUCGUUACGUAGCGACCGGGCUCGAGAAGGAGCUCGGU